AUGAUUCGCGGCGCUUCUGAUCUCAGGGUCACUCUUGCUGACCAGUCAACUUUCGAUGCAAAAGUUGUUGGAUUCGACCAAGACAAGGAUGUUGCGGUUUUACAUGUUGAUGCACCGAAAGACAAACUAAGGCCCAUACCAAUUGGUGUCUCUGCAGACUUGCUAGUUGGCCAGAAAGUGUUUGCUAUCGGCAAUCCUUUUGGGCUUGACCAUACCCUUACAACUGGUGUUAUCAGUGGACUACGCAGAGAAAUCAGUUCUGCUGCAACUGGUCGUCCAAUCCAAGAUGUUAUACAGACAGAUGCUGCCAUUAACCCCGGUAAUAGUGGGGGGCCACUUCUAGACAGUGCAGGGAGCCUUAUCGGGAUAAAUACCGCAAUAUAUUCUCCAUCGGGUGCAUCAUCCGGUGUUGGGUUUUCUAUUCCAGUUGAUACUGUAAAUGGCAUCGUUGACCAGUUGGUCAAAUUCGGGAAGGUCACCAGACCUAUUUUAGGAAUUAAAUUUGCACCCGAUCAAUCUGUUGAACAGUUGGGGGUCAGUGGAGUACUUGUCCUAGAUGCACCGGCAAAUGGUCCAGCUGGAAAAGCGGGAUUGCUACCAACAAAGCGUGAUUCCUAUGGCAGACUCAUAUUGGGUGACAUUAUAACUUCUGUGAAUGGAAAAAAAGUCACCAAUGGCAGCGACCUGUAUAGAAUUCUUGACCAAUGUCACGUGGGUGAUAAGGUGAUUGUAGAGGUGUUGCGUGGUGAUCAGAAAGAGAAAAUCCCUGUUGUACUUGAACCGAAGGCUGACGAGUCGUGACUUACCAAAUGGUUGGGCUCGUGUAUCUAAAAUGUAACACAUAUCAGAUGAAUU